AUGCGGAGUGUCCGUGGGACAGGACGCCUGCUGCUUUGCCUGCUGCCGGCCAUCCUCAGGACCCAGGCUGGUGGGGAGGCGAAGCCCAGGCCUCCACCGUGCCAGCAGAGCCCCACAAAGGUGUCCUGCAGGGCUGCCGGGCUGCACAGUUUUCCCAAGGACCUUCCCCAAGGAGUGAAGCACCUCGAUCUGUCCCACAACAUCCUUCAGAACCUGUCAGAGAGCCGCCUGCCUGCACUGGGGCAGCUCGAGCACCUGGACCUGCGCUCCAACCGCCUGGAGGCCAUCUCAGGGUCGGUGCUGGCCCAGCUACCACGGCUGCACUCCCUGCUGCUGGGCUCCAACCGCCUGCACCAAAACCAUCAGGACAAUGCAGUGGCUUUCAGUGCACUGCAGGGUAUAGAGGUGCUGGACCUGUCGGCCAACGGCUUGGAGACCCACAUGGUGAGGGGGUUCCUGAGUGGCCUCACUGCACUGCGGGUGCUGCACCUGCACGGAAACAGAUUGAGCCAGCUGCCAGCGGGCAUCUUCCAGGGCUCCCCGCGGCUGAGCGAGCUGGAUCUCAGCAACAACUACAUCAUGGACAUAGAGGAGGGAGCGUUUGAGGCAUUGCGGGAGCUGGUGGUGCUCAGCCUGGCCCUGAACUCCCUGCACUGCCUCUCCAGCUUCAGCUUGCGGCAGUUGCAAGUCCUGAACCUGAGCCACAACGCCCUGGAACUGUUUGGCUGGGAGGAGGGACGGGGUCCCUACCUGCUCCAGGUGCUCGACCUGAGCCACAACCGACUGCUUUCCUUCCCACAGCUCCCAGCCGCGCACCGCCUCGUGCACCUCAACCUCUCCCACAACUCCAUCACUUCGCUGGACCCCAGCUCACACCACCCAGCCCAGUUUGCGCUGCGCUACGAGGAGAUGGUGAGCUUCAGCACCUCGCUGGCCACCGCAGCCAGCCUGGCCCACCUGGCUGAGCUGGACCUCAGCUACAACCGCCUGCAGCUGCUUCCACUGCUGUUCUUCCGUGCCAUGCGCUCCCUGUUCACUCUCAGCGUGGCCAUGAACUGCCUCCAGAACAUCACCAUGGAGCUGCCGACCAGGGACGGGGAUGGGGACAGGAAUGGCACAGCUGUGUGGCAGGAGGACGCAGCGCUUUCCGUGCGCUCCAUGGACCUCCAUGGCAACGCCAUCCGCGCUCUGCCUCGUUGGUUCUUUGAUGCCCUGCCCCAGCUGGAAGCCAUCGACCUUGGCUCCAACAGCCUUCAGCCCUGUGGGAGUGACAUGGGGGAGAUGUCAGGAGGGGGCUCUCCAAGGGCAGAACCCUGCACUGCCUUCCACAGCAUCCCCCACCUGCAGCACCUCAGCCUUCGCAGGAACAGCCUCACCCAGCUGCUGCCCCACACCUUCAGCCGAACCCCAUUGCUCUCCUUGGACCUUUCUGAGAACCAGGGCCUGGCUGUGCCACGGGUGGCACUGGAGGGGCUGGAGCACUCCCUGCAGCAGCUCUGGCUGCGGGGGAACCACAUGGACAACAGCAGGGCUGAGAUCCCUUGCUUGGAUGAGCUCAGGGUGUUGGACCUCUCGGGCAACCGCCUAAGCCUUCUGCCCACGGGUUUGUUCUGCUCCCCACUGCAAAGCCUGGAUGUCAGCGAUAACCAGCUGCCAGCACUGCCCAAGCAGGCACUGCUGGGGUGGACCCGCAGCCUGCAGGCAUUGUGCCUGGCAGGGAACCCCUUCCAUUGCUGCGGGCUGGGCUGGCUGGAUGCUCUGCAGGCAGCUGGCGUGCAACUGCCCGACCUGCACCGCGCACGCUGCAUCCACCACAGCGUCACAAACAGGACAGCACCACUCGGCAGCCGCCCGCCGUGGCCGUGCCCACAGCCCUGGGAUGGCAGCCCAGCGCUGGUGCUGGCAGCCCUGCUGGGUGUCCUGCUGUGUGCAGGCUGCAGGGUGUGCUGGCUGCGGGGCCACAGGAUGGGCAUCCUGCUGCCACGGCCCCAGGCAGACAGAGUGGCCGAGGAGGAGCCAGCACACAGCGACACCAAAGUAUAGCCAGGAGAACCAACUGCAGCUGUGUGUUGUCAAUAAUACUACUAAUAUGGUUAUAUUCAGGCACCUCUCCCAACACGCUGCGUGUUCUGCAGAUCUGAUAGCACACAUCCAGCGCUGGAUAGGCACCACGCAAAGCUGGGUCCCUGCAGCCCAUUCUUUGCAGGGAGGGAGAUGCCCCAUCUGCAGGGCCAUGAGCAGUGUCAGGAGAGGUUCUGCCCUCUGCUCAUGGGAAGGGAAUUGUCCCUGCAGCCAAGAACGUGGUGCCACCACCAUGAGUUUGACAGCCUGGCUCCCAGCUGGCACCCAUAGGGUCAGCAAGGGAUGGACGAGGCAGCAGAUGGGUGCUGGCUUUGCCAAGGGGCUGAGAAAUAAAGGACAGCAACCAAAGAAGGACAAAGAGGGACUGAGGUGUGGAAAUCAAUCCAGGGAAACGGUGCAUGGUCCUCUGCAUCUGUAUCUGAUUCAACAAGCAGCUCUCUGGGCUGCGUCCCACGGUUGCUCCCAGGAGAGCCCCGUGGUUUUGGUGUUAGCAGGUUUCUCUUGGUUGAUACCAAACUGAAAUGAUUGUGUCAAAAUGCUGUGUCAAAGUGAUUUGUGCCCAGCUGUGGGACAGUGCGACUCCUGGUCUGAGAGGAGCGCUGGCACUGACAGACCCUGGUAUUACAGAUUUUCUAGAGAAUCAGUUGAGAAAUCCAGCAAAACUAAUUCUUUCCAGUGGAAACCUUUCACAUGUCACUGAAUCACGCCAUUUUCAAAGUAAAAGAGAUUUUAUCAGACGUUCCCAACUGGCUGCUCUGCUAACUUAUGUGGAAAUCA